CCGACCUUGACCUCUGACCCCCUCCUUUACAGGAUCCACCAACACACAUUGUGAUGAGAGCUCUGAGGCCAUCACGCAGCUCCCCACCCCAACUCUACCCAACGGGGAAGUCUUUGUCUUCCCAUCUCCCCAACCCCUCCACCAACAACCCCCCCACCAACAACCCCCCCAUCAACAACCCCCCCACCAACAACCCCGCUACACCGCCAACCCCUGGGCCACCCCACUACAACAACAACCACUACAACAACAACAACCACUUCAACAACAACCACUACAACAACAACAACCACUACUACAACCACUUCAACAACAACCACUACAACAACAACCACCACUACAACCAAGCUACCCAGCGGCACCAAACUACUACCCACAGCUCGUCACGACCGCCGCCGCUCCCCACCAACAACAACAACAACACCACCAACAACAACACCAACAACAACAACACCAACACCACCAACAACAACAACCGAUGGGGGUUCCCCACCACCACCACCACCCCCACCACCACCACCACCACGGCCACGGCCAUCCGGGGGCCGCGCCGGUGCCCCCCUCGCCGGGCCCCUCCCCCCGGCCCCACCCCCGGCCCCCGCCGCUGGCGGCCACCGGGCACCUGCGGGCGCUCUUCUUCCACAACCCGGCCUUCCAGAUGGGCACCGCUGGCACCGCCACCGGCACCGCCACCGGCACCGGCACCGGCGCCGGCACCGGCGUGGAAGCCGGACAUCACGGUGGAGGCUGCCCGCACCGCCCCCAGCAGCAGCAGCUGCAGGAGGAGUUUGCCGGCAGGCGUCAGCCGAGCGUCCGUUUCGAAGCGGCGUCGGCAUCGGCGACGGCAUCGGCGGCAUCGGCGGCAUCGGCGUCGGCGCUGUCGUCCGGCCCUCCCCGGCAGAGGAGCCGCGACUACCCCAUGUCUGCACCGGGCCGCUGGCCCCAGCAGCAGCAGCAGCAGCAGCAGCAGACGGCACCGUCUCGCCAGCGCAGCGCCGACUACCCGGCGUCCGUGAGGCAGCAGCAGCAGCAGCAGCAACAGCAGCAACAGCUACAGCAGCAGCAGCAGCUACAACAGCAGCAGCAGCAGCUACAACAGCAGCAGCUACAGCAGCUCCAGCAGCCGUUCGUGGCGCGGCUGCAGCAGCCGCCCGCCCGCUCCAUCCACCAGCGGCGUCGCCACACGGGGGCCGUGGGGGACGUCUCCCCGCAGGCGCCCCCCGUGCUGGGCGCCGGCUGCCCCCCCGCGCCCGGCCGGCUCCCGGCACCGCCGACGACGCCGGUGCCGGUGCCGGCGCCGGUGCCGUACGGAGCGCCGGGGCCGCGGGGGCUGCUGCGGUGCCCCGGCGAGGGAGCGGCGCCGCCGCACACACCCACGAUGCCGAGCGUGGUGUACGUGGAGAAGCACGACACCGCCGGCGGCGACGCCGGCGAUGCCGGCGACGGCGUCUUCCCGUUCGCUGGGCGGCAGCAAAGCCUCGGGGUCCAGCCGACGUCCCGGCGGCCCAGCCUGGUGCUGCAGCGGCCCUCCGUGGAGCUGGCCCCUUCUCCGGCGCCGCCCGCCGCUCGCAGGCCCAGCGUCACCUUCCAGGCCGACGCCGCUGGCGCCGCUGCCACUGCCAGGCGACUGCGGUGA